ACGCUGUUGGGUGAGAGGGGCACCCUCUGAGCCCAGACUGAACAUGCUGUCGUGGGUAUGGAUGUUUGUGGUGGAUGCGUUGCCCUGGUGAUGGGUUAAGCCUCUCUUGGCAGCAGCUGGAGAAUAAAGUUAUUGACAGCAACAACAAAGGUCUUCGUGUUGACAGUCAAAGGCCCAGCCUCUCGAGCCACAAGGCGCGGCCACCGCAUGGGGCCAUGGCCCUGCUCCCCCGGCACGCGGGGACCCGCGACCCGGAGCCUGGCUGCAGCAGACGGCACCACGGGAUGGCCCGCGCGCGGCACGUCAUCAUCAACGUGGGCGGCUGCAGGGUGCGCCUGGCCUGGGCGGCGCUGGCGCGCUGUCCGCUCGCGCGCCUCGAGCGCCUGCGGGCCUGCCGCGGCCACGACGAGCUGCUGCGCGUAUGCGACGACUACGACGUGAGCCGCGACGAGUUCUUCUUCGACCGCAGCCCGUGCGCCUUCCGCGCCAUCGUGGCGCUGCUGCGCGCCGGGAAGCUGCGGCUGCUGCGCGGCCCGUGCGCGCUGGCCUUCCGCGACGAGCUGGCCUACUGGGGCAUCGACGAGAACAAAAAGAUGAAGGAAAACAGAGUCACCCAGUUAUCUGUGAAUUCCAUCUUUAAAAAAAACAAACACAGGAAUCGGACCUUUUCAACUGGAUUCCUUCCCAUCCCCCCCCCCCGCCCUUCCCCUGGAGGGGCGGCUCUGUCCCAACCACGUGUCCCCUCUCCUCUCCAGGGCGAGUGCUCCACCAAGUGCCACAGCCUCUUCGUGCUGGAGACAGUGUGUGUGGCUUGGUUCUCCUUUGAGUUCCUGCUGCGCUCGCUGCAGGCCGAAAGUAAGUGCGCUUUCCUGCGGACGCCCCUCAACAUCAUCGACAUCCUGGCCAUCCUGCCCUUCUACGUCUCCCUGCUCGUGGGCCUGGCGGCGGGGCCGGCGGGGAGCAAGCUCCUGGAGCGCGCGGGGCUGGUACUGCGCCUGCUGCGCGCGCUGCGCGUGCUCUACGUCAUGCGCCUGGCGCGCCACUCGCUGGGGCUGCGCUCGCUGGGCCUCACCGUGCGCCGCUGCGCACGCGAGUUCGGGCUGCUGCUGCUCUUCCUCUGCGUCGCCAUGGCACUCUUCGCGCCGCUCGUGCAUCUAGCCGAGCGCGAGCUGGGCGCACGCCGCGACUUCUCCAGCGUGCCGGCCAGCUACUGGUGGGCCGUCAUUUCCAUGACCACCGUGGGCUACGGAGACAUGGUGCCGCGCAGCCUGCCCGGACAAGUGGUGGCACUGAGCAGCAUCCUGAGCGGCAUCCUGCUCAUGGCCUUCCCGGUCACCUCCAUUUUCCACACUUUCUCGCGCUCCUAUUCCGAACUCAAGGAGCAGCAGCAGCGCGCCGCCUGCCCAGAGCCAGCCGGGGGCGAGGACAGCACGCGCGAGGACAGCACGCACUCGGCCACCGCCACCGACAGCGCGCCAGACCCCGAGGGGGCGGACUCUGCUGGGGGCGUGUGGUCGCCCUGAGUGCGCUUGGGGACCCCAGGGCCUCAUGGCAGGAAAGCGAGCUCUUCUGACUUCAGAAAGCCACAAGCUUGUGGUGUAAUUUCUCACCUUGGACCUCUGACACCAGCUCCUCGGGUGACACGGCCUCCUCUAGGGUGGCAAAGCUCAAGCUUUGCAUGUGGGCAUUUGAACCAAGCCCUUUCCCUGUCCUCCCAGCUGGUCUGUGGAACCAUAGCUCAUCCCCUGGAACACCGCAUCUCCUCUACUGGAACAUCUCGGACUUGCUGCCUCCCCUCUCAAGGCCUGGCUGCAGGCUUAGGUUAGAGGAGAGAUGGAUGGGUCUCCUCCAGGUGGCUCCUCAGGCUGGAGUGAGGCGCGGGGGGAGUCCUCCCGAAAAUGAGCCUUUCUCUUCUCCGGACAGGAAGAAUGGAACUUUACAAAUCAUGCUGCUCUGUACUCCAUUUUAAUGAGGUCUAUCACACCUGAGCUACUGAAAGCCUUAGAACGCACCACCUGGGGGGGGUCCCACUGUCUGCGGGGCACCCUUCCUACCCUACUGCUUGGUAGCUUCUGGCCGGGCUCCAGGUGUGGGGGGAAGCCCACGUUGGGCCCUUGCAGCUGCAGACACUCCUGAGAUUCCACGGCAACCCAAUAAAAAAAAAAUGCUGGCCUCUCCUGCACA